AUGCGAAUAAGCGACGCGAACGCCCAUAUCGACCGGUGUCUGGCGAAGUCCGCGGGCACCGCGAAGAAGAAGCAGCGGACGAUGCGCAGCUUCCUGUCCGCGCGCCCGGGCUCCGAAGCCGACGCCCACACCCCCGGCGCUCCCCAGCCCACCCCCAGCCCAGCUCCCGUCAGCGAAACCAACCCGUACCUCGAGCUCAUCAUCGGCCCACCGCGCACCGCCGACGCCCUGGCCCUGCCGCCGUCCUCGGCCAUCAGGACAACCCCACCGCCGAUCGAAAUCGAUGGCGAAGACACUGACAACGAGGAAGGCGACAACACGGGGGGACGAAACGACGACAGCGGCGCCGGCGACGAGGCGCACACGUCCAGCGGAGACGCGGACUCGGCGCAGCUCCCCGGCGCGGACCCCGCCGGCAACGACUCCCCCCCCCUGACGCCGCUCUGGGUCGGUUGCGUGCCCAUAGUGUGGGCGCCCGGGUGCGCGACGGGGCUGGCGGUCGCGCCCGGCGCGCGGCUCGUCGUGAACCGGGAGCCGCAGAACGCUGCGGACCGGUGCGCGUGCGCGGUGCUCGUGGACGAGGGCAUCGCGGGCGGGCUCGGCGCGAAAGUCGCCUACGUGCGCCGGCACGUGGCCGCGCCGCUGAGCCGCGUGAUCGACGCGGGCGGGGCGGCGGUGCGCGUGGGCGCGACGGCGGGGCCGGACGGCGAGCCGCUGCGGCUGGCACGCGGCGCGGGCGCGGAGGCGCGCGUGGAGGUGUGUCUGGAGGAGUCUGACCGGGGCGACGCGGUGCGCGACAGGGUGGGGGAGUGUUUGGGGGAGCUGCGCGGGGCCGCGUCCGGCGACGUGCGGCUCCCAGGGGCGUCCCGGACGGACCGCGCGCUCUGCGCGGGCUUCAAGCGCGCCGCCGCGGCGGUGCUCGGCAGCGCGAUGGAGGCGGGCGCGGGGCACACCGUGCUGGACGAGGGCGAAGUGGGGACGCUGCGGUGGCUGGCGCGGCGCGCGGAGGACGACCCGGCGCUGGUCCUGCUGCUGCGGAUGGCGGUGCGGGACGCCACGUGGCUGCGCCGGGACAGCCUGGCGUACAUCGAGGGUUGGGAGGGGGGGUUGGAGGAGCUGACGCGGGGGGGGCUGUUGGAAGGGGGCGUGUUGGAGCGGGGGCGCGAGGCGGGUCCGCCGCCGCCGUCGGCGCUCGCGGCGCCCGCGGAGUGGCUGCGGUGUCUGCGCGUGGGCGAGCUGUGCCGCGUGCUGGCGGCGGUCGGGGAGGAGGUGCCCCGGGGGCGCAAAGCGGACGUCGUGCGCGCGGCGGAGGCGGCGAUGCGCGGGAAGGCGCGGGCGAUGUGGCGGGAGGCGGCGCUGGUCGCGGGCCCCAUGUGCUGCGUCGCGCCGCGCGUGAUGCUGGCGCUGCGCAGACUCGAGCGGCUGUAUUUCGGGAACGAGGAACAGGGACUGAAACUCUUCACGCUCGCAGGGGUCGGCGUGGUGCGGUACCCGGCCUACGAGAUCGAGGGCGGCGACGCGGCGCCGUUCCGCACCCGGCGGGAGAUGCUUGCAUACGAGGCAGCGCACAGGGACGCGCAGGAUAUGGAGGAGGCGCUGACGCUGGAGGACACGGGCGCGGCCCUGCAGAUGGCGCGGCGGAGCUGCGACGCCGUGGAACGGAGCGACGCGCCGGCGCCGGCGGACCUCGUCGGGCUGCGGGCCACGUUCAGCCCGCUGCGCAUGCACACGCUCAUCGCGCACUGCGGCGUGUCGCUCCUCGAGAAGGAAAAGCAGUAUGCCGCGGCGGUCGCAACCAUCAAGGCUCUGCUGGGCAAGGGGCGUGCGCCGUCGAAGCGCGGGCACUGGUGGAUGCGGCUGUGCGUGAAUCUCGGCCACCUCGGGCGGCAGAACGAGGCGCUGCUGUGCGGAGAAGCGGGCCUGCGGGACCCCUGGGUGACGACUGGCGAGUUGCACGCCCUGCGACGGCUGGUGCUGCGGCUGAGCAAGCCUCCGCGGCGCUGGCGCGUCCCGGCCUGGGCCGCGAGCUUCCGCGACAAGUUCCCCGAGGACGUCAUCGCGCUGAAACUCGCCCCGACGGGCGCAGACGGACGACGCACGGGCGCCGUGGGCACCCGCGUGCUGUACCGCGUCGGGGAGGACGACGACGACGCCGACGCCAUGGCGGCGAGAAGCGAGGGUGCCGCGACCGAGGGCGGCCCUUCGAGCAGCCCCGCGGUGCUGCACGUCGAGGAGGCGGUCCUGCAGCACUACGCUGGCGACGGGUGGCGCGGGUGGCACAGCGAGGGGGGCAUCUGGUCGACGUUGUUCGGGCUGCUGAUGUGGGACGUGGUGUUCGCGCCAGGGGUGCCGGGAGCGUUCCGGCACCCGUUCCAGGCCGCUCCGCUCGACUUGGGCGGACCAGCCUUUGCCGUCUCGCGCAAGAGGAUGCUGGACGAGCGGCUGGCGGAGAUCGAGAACGGGGGCGCAGCCAAGCUCCUCGAGGCGGCCUGGCGUGCGCACCACGGCGAGGUGUGUCGCGGCGUCAGCUGGGACCGACUCCCCCUGGAAGACCUCCUCCUGGUGUGCCGUUGCUUCGGGGGCGGCGCCAUCGCCGCCGUGUGCCGCAUCCUCGCGCAGGACUACAACGGGUGGCGCGGCGGCAUGCCGGACCUGGUCGUCGUGCACCCGGGCCGCGCCCUGGGCCGGCUGGUCGAGGUGAAGAGUCACAACGACCAGCUGUCUGACCAGCAGCGGGCGUGGCUGGCGGAGCUGCAGCGGUGCGGCGUCGACGCACGCGUGCAGCGCGUUCGGAACGCGUGA